CAACACCGACAGAGUCGCAUCGCAAAAAAAAUGUCCUGUUGCGUUCCGGGCUGCGAGCAGGCCACCAUCGCCGAGUGUCCGCUGCUGCAGCUGCCCCGGAACGAGUCGCUACGUGACCGGUGGUACCAGGCCAUCAGCGCCGGCACGGGACUCCUGCUGGACGAUUUGGACAAAUCGGAGACGGGCAUUUGCAGCUGGCACUUUGGCAAUGCCCCACUGGAGGAGUACCGGGAACCGCGGUGGUUCAUCGAUCGACAAGGGCAGGAGCUGGAGAUAGUAUGCUGCAGGUUUUGUCUGCAGUUCAAAAACCGGGACGAGAUGACCUGCUACGAAGGUAAGGUUGGGACGCAGUCCAUCGGAAACUUUCUCAAGCAGAGCCUGAAGGUUACGCUACUGAAGGACAGCAACUUUACGGAAAUCUGUCAGGAAUGUCUGGUUCGAAUUGAUUUGCUCAAGAGCUGGGUUGUAGACAUUCAGCAGGUCGAGGCCGAAUUCCGUUCUAUAUUGGUUGCGUUCACCCAGGAGAGCAUGGUUCCUUUCGAGUCUAUUGGAAAGAAUGAAGAAGCCGAUGAUACUUAUUUGGAUGAUGUUAUUGGUACCGAAAUCGAUGCAGCGCUUUUAAUUGAAAAGAUAGAAGACGAACUUGAGCCAUGCAUACAGGAUGAUUUUCCAGAUGAUCCAGUUGAAUCAGAAGAAGAGCAAAUGCCGCAGCAAACGGCCGUUGAAAGUAAUGCCACACAUCGCCCACACAAAUUGAUUCCGGAAACCAUACGCAAGAGAGGGCGACGGCCGAAAAUUCCAGACAAACCCCCAACGCCAAAGCCCUCGUACAAAGACAUUCUACAUCGAAAGUGCUUCAUCUGUAACACCCUGCUCGAAAGUCGAACCGAGCUGAUGUGCCAUCUAACGGAAGCGCACGCGACCAAGAUCGACUACCGCUGCAAAGAGUGUGACAAAUCGUUUCCCCUCGUAAGUUCCUUCAACCACCACCUCGGAUUCCACGAUCUGGAAAAUCGGCCGCUAAAGUGCAACUUCUGCCCGCUGGGGUUCAGCACAAACGACAGCCUCCGCAACCACGAAGUCAGGGAACACAACGCUAAUCAUCAGAAAAAGAUCACGAAACGAAUCGCUCGCCAGUUUCAGUGCGACACUUGCGGAAAGACCUUCAACAAAGGGUACCAACUGACCGAGCACGACGAUUUCUACCACAAGAACCGGGGCGCCGAAUGUAAACUAUGCUCUAGAACCUUUCCGUCGAAGAAUCUGCUGCAGAAACACCAACUCGUGCACUCCCGGGAGCGUAACUACCGUUGUGACCAAUGCGGCCAGGCAUUUACGAAAAGCGAAAUCCUUCGAGCGCACAAGAUGAAGCAUGAGCCCAACUACGCGGAAUGGAAGGCGCAACAGAAGAAGCCGCCACCGCGGCAGCGAUUCCGGCAGCGGGCUAAGAAGGUUCCGGAAGAGGAAGUCGGUUGAAGAGGAAGCAGGUUCCGGGUUUAUUCACACGUGAUCAACAUUCUGUUUUCGUUCAAUCUUAAUAAGAGUUGAAAUACAUGUGUAAAUAAAUAAUUAAAAAAAAA